GUGGAAACGCCGAGGACAGGAAGUGACGGGUUCAAAGGUGAUGUGUUGUUGAGUUAGUGUUGUCAAGAUGUCGGGCCACGAUCAGCUCGUCCACUGCCUGUGCGAGUUAACCGGCUUGCUGUGGAAGUUGCUGCUGCCCCUGGUGUUCCUGUGUGUGCUGCUGAUCGCGGUCCUGGUGCUGCUGGUGCUGGCCGUGCGUCUGUGGCUGCAGAGCAUCAGGAAUGCUCGGCGGGCGAGAGACAACCGUCCGACCGUGGCCUUCUUCCACCCAUACUGCAACGCCGGCGGUGGGGGGGAGAGGGUGCUCUGGUGCGCCAUCAGAUCCCUACAGAGCAGGUAUGCAGACAUCAACUUUGUGGUGUACACAGGGGACCAGGGUGUGACGGGCCAGCAGAUUCUGGACGGGGCGCAGCGUCGCUUCAACAUCGUGCUCCCGCGGCCGGUUCACUUUGUUUUCCUGAGGCACCGGCUGCUCGUGGAGCCCGGCCUGUUUCCUCACUUCACCCUGCUGGGACAGAGCGUGGGCUCCAUUUUCCUGGGAUGGGAGGCGCUGACGGAGUUCGUCCCGGACCUUUACAUCGACUCCAUGGGCUACGCCUUCACGCUGCCGUUGUUUCGUUACUUGGGAGGCUGCAGCGUGGGGAGCUACGUUCACUACCCGACCGUCAGCACUGACAUGCUGUCUGUAGUGAGAGAGAGGAACCCCAGGUUCAACAACCCAGACUACGUCACCAACAAUCUGUUCCUGAGUGCCUUCAAGGUGGUCUACUACUGCCUCUUCGCCCUGCUCUACGGCAUGGCCGGCUCCUGCAGCGACCUCAUCAUGGUCAACUCCUCCUGGACCCUCGACCACAUCCUUUCACUGUGGCGUGCGCCCAACCGCACCCACGUGGUCUACCCACCCUGUGACGUCAGUGCCUUCCUGGACAUCCCGCUGGAGGAGGACGGAGACAAGAAGCAGCACUCGAUCGUUUCCGUCGGGCAGUUCCGGCCCGAGAAGGACCACCGGCUGCAGAUCAGAGCCUUCAAGAAGGUGCUGGACGGGAGGAGGGCGGGCGCGGGGGGCAGGGAGGCGCUGAAGCUGGUUCUGGUCGGCGGGUGCAGGAACCAGGAGGAUGAGGACAGGGUGCUCAUGCUGAGGGGGCUGUGCCAGGAGCUGGGUGUAGGUGACAAGGUGGAGUUCAAACUGAAUGUGACCUUCGAGGAGCUGAAGAGCGAGAUGGGGGAAGCCACCAUUGGACUUCACACCAUGUGGAACGAACACUUUGGAAUAGGCGUUGUGGAGUGUAUGGCAGCAGGGAAGGUCAUUCUCGCUCACAAGACCGGCGGCCCCAAGCUCGACAUUGUAAUACCUUUCGAGGGCGGCCAGACGGGCUUCCUGGCCGAAGACGAGGACAGCUACGCCGAGGCGAUAGAGAGGAUCCUGGCCAUGACCCCCGCCAGCCGGCUGGAGCUCAGACGCAACGCCCGCCAGUCGGUGGCUCGCUUCUCAGAUCAGGAGUUUGACGCCUGCUUCCUCGCUGCUAUGGAGCCUCUGAUGGGAACGCUGGAGCGAUGAGGAGAGAGGACUCGCUCUUUGUUGUGUGAUCACGAGAUAUUUGACACCUUGGCUGCACUUGGGGCGGCGUUUUCACCGAAGGACUUUUGUUUGAGAUGAAUACAAAUCAUCCCGCUACGAUUUGCAGUUCUGUCCGAGUUGUUUGUAAAUAGCUUCUGUGAAAUGACAGUUGUACUUCUUAUUUUACAGGAUUCAAUCCUUUUGUUAGUAGUUCCGCUUUUGUUAAAAAAGUGAUUUCAAAGAGUAUAAUAUUUAAUAUGGUGAAUAAAUGGGGAACAAAUGAGUUGUGUAGACAUUCAAAUUGUGUUGUUAGAAUCUCUACAUGCCCAAAAUGUGAAGUAUUUUUGAUAUCGAUGAUUGAAAUAAAGAUGAUGGGAGGAAACGGUCA